AUGCUUGAAUCCUUCCUUGUUGGAGCUGGAACUAAAACCUCGACAGGAUCCUCGCUUAUCCGCCACCUAAAGAACAAUUGUAAUAGAUCUCAACCGCAAACUCGGAGACGCAAGUCAUGCCAUCAGUGUGUCGCAGAUAAAACCAGGUGCAACCUUAAACGUCCGAGUUGUUCUCGUUGUUCUGUGCGAAGCAUACCUUGUCAAUACACCAGCGCAGAUGCAACUGACACCCCGGGAGUCGAGCACAACGACGUCAGAGUCACGAAUCAUUCCUCAAGUGUUGUACCCGAAACAUCUUUCACGACCCAGCCAUCUGAGUUACAAUCAAUCUUCGAUCCUACUUUGUUCGACUCUUUUUUCUCGUGUCUAGAUUCUUGGAAUCCGACACAGGCCACGAGUGUUGCUCUACGUUCUCCGCAAGCAGCCAGCGCGGAGCUCUUGUCUGUAAAUAACAGCAAUGAAUGUGAGACGCCAGGGCUAAACCGAGCUACCCUACCUCCAAAUCCUCGAUCUGGUUCGCCAGCGGACACGAAUUCAACAUCCCUGGCGAAGCAUAGCAUGGAGCUUAUCUUCCGAGUUCUUCGGACUUGGCCAAUAAUGCUCGCCGAAGAAUUUCAACAUCCUCCUUUAUUUCACUUAACCCACCUUACACCAAAUAAGACACUGCCACUGCCACUGCCACUAGCGAACUGUAUAACCUUGACAAAAAUGUGGCAUGGGCAAUGUCAAGGCGCAGAAGAGAUGGUGCGGGAAACGAUUUUAAAAGAACUAUACAGCAUUGUAGAUCAGGUCAGUUUCUUCUCUUUUCCUCUUCCUUGUCCUUGUUGUGCUGAAGAACCCAAAACCGGGUUGUAG